UCAAAACAUCCUGUGUUCGUGAAGUCCUUGCCCUUUGCAAAAAUGAUCGUGCAUGCUUCAAAAUAUCCGCAUGCAGCAGUGAACGGGAUUCUUUUAGGUGAAGGGGGUGGCAAUGGUGUGCUUACUAUUCAUGAGUGCAUUCCUCUCUUCCACGGUUGCUUGACAUUAACACCAAUGCUUGAGGUUGCUCUUUAUCAGAUUGAGGCGUACAGCGAUACAAAGAACCUUAAGAUAUUAAAGAUCGGUGACAAAAUACUGGACAAUUGUGAAUGCGCGUGCAUCAUAAUUGUGAAGAAUGAUCGAAUUAAGUCUCUCUCUGUGGACUGUCUUUCCGUUUAUUUUAACCACGACGGAAAGUGGCGUGAGUCCAACAGCAUCAAGUUAGAUAGCUCCGCCGCUGAUUUUCUUAAGCCGCACCUAAAUACGCAAAGCAUAUCAGAGUUUGCUGACUUUGACAAUCAUCUUGAUGACAUAUUAAUGGAUUGGCGGAAUUUGUUUACUGCAUUACGCUACAAUUUGUUGAACCUGGCGGCAAAUUUUAGUAAUAGAGAAUUCCGCUUUGCAAAUAAUUUUGAGCAACUUCAAACUUAUGUAAAUAUGUAA